AAAUAUAAAUAUACUAAAUAUUCCAAAAAUUUCAGGAAUAGUCUGCCACAGUUUCCGAAAAAACUGAAGAUUUUAGCAGGUCGAGAUAAAAAUACUUUGGAAAGCAAGCAUGAUAAACCACAUAUUCAAGAACAUUAUUAUGAAACAGGUAGUGAAAGUGGUACAGAAUCUGAAGGAAACGAGAAACUGAAAAGGAAAAUACCAGAAGGGAACGAAAAGAUACUUCAUGACGAUUUUGAAAAUAUAGAAGAGCCUGGACAAAGUGAAGGAAAUAAGAAAGAAAUUAUAAAUGAAAAGAUUGAGGCUUCAAAGAAUUACUUGCAAAAAAGCGGAGCUUUUACUAAAGAAGUAAUGCAGAGGAAAUAUGUUCCUGUUGAAAGAAGCGCAGAAGUAUCUGCAAAAAGAGCCAAAUUACCUAUUUUCGCUGAAGAGCAAUUUAUUGUUGAAACAAUUAAUGACAAUGUCUCCAUUAUAAUUUGUGGUGAAACUGGUUCGGGUAAAACUACACAAUUGCCUCAGUUUUUGUAUGAAGCGGGUUACACAUCAAAUAAUCAAAUGAUCGGAAUAACUGAACCUCGUCGAGUCGCUGCAAUUAGUAUGGCAAAUCGUGUUGGCUUUGAAAUGAAUUUACCCAAAGCUGUUUCUUAUCAGAUUCGAUAUGAAGGGACUCGUUCACCUGAUACGCAGAUUUUAUUCAUGACAGAUGGUGUUUUGAUGAAAGAGAUCCAAAAGGAUAUAAUGCUUUCGGCAUAUUCUGUGAUAAUUAUUGAUGAAGCCCAUGAACGAUCAAUGUAUAGUGAUGUUUUAAUUGGUUUAUUAAGCCGUAUUGCUCCUCAUCGUACGAAAAUUGGGCUCCCUUUCAAGUUAAUUAUUAUGAGUGCAACACUUCAUUUAGAACAUUUCACUCAGAAAAGUUUGUUUCCUUUGAUAUCUCCUCCAGUAAUUCAUAUCGACUCGCGACAAUAUGCGGUAACUGUACAUUUCGAACGACGUACUCCAAAUGAUUAUUUGAAUGCUUCAUUUCGGAAAAUAUGCAAAAUACAUGAAAAUCUACCAAUGGGCACAAUUUUGGUCUUUCUUAGCGGUCGACUUGAAGUAAGUUCAUGUUUGCUUUCUCUAUAUGCCUUACAAUUUAUAACUUCAAGAAAUGAAACAGAUGAAAGAAAUGUUGAACUUAACGAAUUCGGUAUUGCAGAUACAGUCGACUUAGCAUGUGAAAUGGAUUUAGAAAUGGUGGACGAUAUCAUUAAUAAGCCACCGCCGAAAGACAUUCCACCAUUAUUUUGUUUACCUUUAUUUUCUUUGCUUUCAAGUGAAAAGCAGAAAAGAAUUUUUGAACCAUCGCCUGAAGGAUGCAGGAUGUGUAUAAUUGCAACGAAUGUUGCUGAAACAUCUAUUACUAUCCCGGCAGUUCGUUAUAUAGUCGACAGCGGUCGUGAAAAAAGACGUAUUUACGAUCCAGUUACUGGAGUUUCUCAAUUUAUUGUUCAUUGGAUCUCACAAGCAUCUGCUGAACAAAGGGCUGGGCGAGCUGGUCGAGUACAAGCUGGUCAUGCAUACAGGCUUUAUUCAUCGGCUUUAUUUGCUGAUAUGGAAAAAUUCAGUCCUCCAGAAAUUCUGAAUAAACCAGUGGAUCAACUCGUACUUCAUAUGAAAUCUAUGAACAUUGUUAAAAUUGCCAAUUUCCCUUUUCCGACUCGACCAGAUCAAGAUGCUUUGGAAGAGAGCGAAAAACGAUUAAUAUUGCUUGGAGCGUUAGAAAAGGAGGCACGGAUCACUCCUUUAGGACGAACUCUUUCAAUGUUUCCUCUAGCUCCUAAAUAUGCAAAAAUUUUGGUUAUGGCCAAUCAGAAUGGUCUACUUCCUUAUGCUUGCCUUUUGGUGGCGAUUCUUUCCGUGCGUGAGCCUUUGAUUUCAGUCUAUUCACUGAGAGGAGAAACGAAUGAUGAAACCCAAUCGAAAAUGUAUGAUGCCUUAAAGCAAAGGCGUGACUGGUGUGGUCAAGGGCAGUCGCGAAGAUUUGGAGAUCUGAGCGUUAUGCUGAAGCAUUCUGAAGAAGUUUGUCAACGGCGUGGUGUGCGGUUCAAAGCUUUAACUGAAAUAAUAAAGCUUUAUCAGCAGUUAAUGAAUCUUAUCAGUUCAUCUUGUGUUGUAACCGAUUCUUUGGCCGUCGAUUUUGCUCUUAAUUCUCCAAGUGAUGAACAAUUUCGGAUGCUUCGGCAAAUAGUUAUUGCUUCAUUAACUGACAAUAUAGUUCGUCGGAUCGACAGAUCUACUACAACCGAAGAAAUUCCAAAAGGAGCUUAUGAAUCUCAAAGGCUGAAGGAAUAUCUUUUCAUCGAUCCCAGCUCAGUACUAUUCAAAGAAGAACCUGAAUGGAUCCUUUAUCAAGAGAUAAUUGAGAUUAAUGGUAAAAAAUGUAUGCAGAAUGUAAUCACUGUUGAACCAGAUUGGCUUGCUCGACUGGCUCUUACUUAUUGCGACUUUGUUGAAAUAAAAAACGCUGAUCCCAAAUACGAUCCCGCAUCUGAUUCUAUAUUGAUUACUCAGAAUGCAUUUUUCGGAAGUCGAAGAUGGUCUUUGGGUGUCGUUAAUCGCCCUAUACCCAGAGAUAUAAAUUUAUAUCGUCAGUUCGCCAGAUUUUUCCUUGAUGGAUCAGUUUGCCCAAAACUAGCUGAAUAUUCAACAAAACUGUUAAGUUCACCAAUGGCAAUGGUAAGACCCUGGGCUAAACUGCAAGCAAGAACUGAGAAUCUAUUAAACGCUUUGAUCGAAUAUGAAGUAAGUGAUCGUAAAAGUUUGAUUGAAAUGUGGAAAUCAAAACAUGAAUACUUAUUAGAUGAAUUUUUGGAGUGGAUUCCUCGUUCAUUACAUGAUGCUAUUCAAUUAUUAUGGCCUCCAUUAUAA